UUUUUCUAACUAACCAUGCGUGCCUUAUCGCAGGUACCGUCAAUGUGUUACCUGGCGGCACAGACUAGUAACGCAGGCAUGCCGUCCUUCCACAUUACACGUGUCUUUACAUUGCAAAGCACAACUUCAUCGUCGGAAAACGUGUAUGAGCUUUCCGAUGAGCAUAAGAAGAUGCUACAGAUGCCGUUUUGCCAUAAGGAUUCCUUAGAAGAAGAAUACAACAGGCUACUAGACAGUGUCGAGCAAUCUGAUAGCGAAGACGAUAUGGAUGACAUUGAUCGUGAGCUUUUAGCAGCUGAACGUGAGAAGAAGCUUUACAACGAUCUAAAUCGCAUGAUUAAACGUAGCGAGGCGAUGGAGUUGCCACGUACCCACGUUGAGACACAGGCAAUGUACCCACCAGGUAAACCUAAUGAUGACGUGGUUAACCGUAACACCGCUGACAUAACCAUUGCUGAUGAUACGGUAGAUUCAAUAAAUCCAACGUUUAUAAAUGACCGUGUAACCAAAGGAAAGAAUACUACUAAUGUUCCAACUACAGAUACAGUCCCAGAGCACAAGUUACCAUAUGACGACUAUAAGCCGAUAAAGCUACCAGCAAACGCCAAUAGCACCUCUGAACUUAUAAGUGGUAUUAUCCAGAUGCCCAAUAUCAAGGGAAUCAAGGCACUACAGGAAAGUAUACGCAUUAAGGACUAUAGUGUAGAUGACUACCCACCUGUAAACGAAGAUGAUAUCUGGCUAGAUGCUAUAAACGACGAGCGGAAGAGCCGUGGAGAACCUGAGAUAGUCAUACCUGAUGGACAAGACCAUGAAGAUAAUCCAGACUUUGUCCGUGAAAAGCGCGCCCUACGUUUAAGGCAUAUAAGAGAACGACGUAAAAGAUCACACGAAGCACGUGCUCACCGUGAGGCUAUGAAUCAAACCUACUAUCGCAAACUGCCACGUAAUGAAAUGGGCUUUGCAACACUCGCUGCGCCCGAUGUGGAUAAGCUGCACUACGUAGAAGUAAUGGAAGAAUUACGAGCUCGUGGUUAUCGCACAUCUGGUGGUGAACGCGCUGCUAGAGUUAGAUUGAAGUGCGCUAUUGAUGAUAAUGAAACAUGGCGGUACCAUAACAUUGUGCGGCAGCCACUAGAGGAAACCAAUGAAAACCUACCAGAAGACGCCAGAGCACGUAUCGCUGAUAUCAAGGAAAAGAUUAAAUUCCUUGAAGAUACACGUAAUCCCGAGGACGUAAUGACAGCUAUCAAUCGCCUGAAGGUGCGGCAAGAAGUAAUGGAAUUUAAGCAAGACCCAGUGGGAUAUCUUAUGCUGGAUCGCUUGGAUCCAGAUUUGCAAGUAAGCCCCAAGGAAGCUGAAGAACUGCGUAAUGCACCGAUAGUACAUGAUGUGGAGUUCAUAAAAGCUAUGAACGAUCCCAUUAACAGACUGCCAGAUAUCAUACCCAGGACAUUCAACCUGCAGCCGGAUGUUGAACGGCCAUACCCUAGGUAUUUACCACACCAUAAAGAGGAACUGGAAGAGUUGAAGAAGGAAUAUUUGUCAUUCCGUGGUGGAACACAUGAUUUGACACUGCCUGAAAUAUCACAACGAUUUGAAAUAAGUCUACACUUUCUAGGAGAUGCAUGCUGUCGACUGGGAGCAAGGGCACCUAUCCCCCUAGAUGUACCUAUAAGGGCUAUAGUCUCAUACAGUGCUAUUUGGGACCUUAUUGAGUUUAUGAACAUAGCGGAUAACAUGGAAUUAGAGGCCUUCUAUAGCAUUAUGAACGUACAUGAAAUGGCUGAGGAGUAUGGUACUACUGUGGAGGGUGUCAAAGAAGCAUGUGAUAAACUCGGUAUAAAAUUGCCAUUCGGAGCUGAGAGCAGAUUAAAUCUACAUUGCUUCACUAUAGUGGAGAAAUUGCUGAUGAAUCCAGAUGAGGAUCCCGAGUUCCUCAAGAUAGGGGAUGGAAGACCAGAGCCUUUCCGUGACUACAGUGAUACUAGACCGGUAUUCCCAAACUCAAUGGAUACUGGGGAUUACAAACAACAGAUGAAAGAAGCUGAAUCGCUACUAGAAGAAAAAACCUAACUAUGAUAUAAUGCGUUAGU